CUAUUGAAGACACCUGCUCUGGACAAUGAAACUCCUCAGCUAUAUUUUCAUUUAUCGCCGAUUUCUUCUAAUAGUCUUUACCCUGUUGAUUUUCCUGCCCCUGCCUAUUACUCUCGGUACAAAGGAAGCAGAAUGUGCUUACACACUCUUUGUUGUUGCCAUAUUUUGGCUCACGGAAGCUUUGCCUCUGUCAGUAACUGCUUUGCUGCCUGGUUUGAUGUUCCCCAUGUUUGGAAUCAUGCCUUCUAAAAAGGUGGCAUCUGUUUAUUUCAAAGAUUUUCACCUACUGUUAAUUGGAGUCAUCUGUUUAGCAACAUCAAUAGAAAAAUGGAAUUUACACAAGCGGAUUGCUCUGAAAAUGGUGAUGUUGGUGGGUGUGAACCCAGCAUGGCUGACGUUGGGGUUCAUGAGCAGUACUGCCUUCUUAUCUAUGUGGCUUAGCAACACCUCUACUGCUGCCAUGGUGAUGCCCAUUGUGGAGGCCGUUGCUCAGCAGAUCAUCGGCGCUGAAGCAGAGGUCGAAGCCACUCAGAUGACUUAUUUCAAGGGCGCUACCAACCAUGGACUGGAAACUGAUGAAAGCAUUAAUGAACAUGAAACAAAUGAGAGGAAAGAGAAAACAAAACCAGUUCCAGGAUACUGCAAUGAUGCAGAGAAAAUUUCAAGCAAGAACGAAGUGGAAAAGGUCUCAGUUACAAGAACCAAAUAUAGAACAAAGAGAGACCACAUGAUGUGUAAGCUUAUGUGCUUGUGUAUUGCUUACUCUUCUACAAUUGGUGGCCUGACCACGAUCACUGGCACCUCCACCAACUUGAUCUUCACUGAGCAUUUCAAUACGCGGUAUCCUGAUUGCCAAUGUAUCAACUUUGGAUCAUGGUUUAUGCUUUCCUUCCCAGCUGCCCUUAUUAUUCUCCUUUUGUCCUGGAUCUGGCUUCAGUGGCUUUUCCUGGGAUUCAAUUUGAAGGAGAUGUUCAAAUGUGGCAAAACCAAAACAGUCAAAGAAAAAGCUUGUGCUGAAGUGAUUAAACAAGAAUAUAAAAAACUUGGCCCAAUCAGGUAUCAAGAAAUUGUGACUCUGAUCCUCUUCAUUGUAAUGGCCUUGCUAUGGUUUAGCCGAGAUCCUGGAUUUGCUCCGGGUUGGUCUACACUUUUUUCAAAGUACCCAGGUUUUGCAACAGAUUCAACUGUUGCCUUGGUUGUAGGACUCCUGUUUUUCCUUAUUCCAGCUAAGAGAUUAACUAAAACUACACCCACUGGAGAAAUUGUUGCUUUUGAUUAUUCUCCACUGAUUACUUGGAAAGAAUUCCAGGCAUUUAUGCCCUGGGAUAUAGCCAUUCUUGUCGGUGGAGGGUUUGCCCUGGCAGACGGCUGUGAGGUGUCAGGACUGUCAAAUUGGAUAGCAAAUAAAUUAUCUCCUCUAGGUUCCUUACCAGUGUGGCUAAUAAUUCUGGUAUCUUCUUUGAUCGUGACAUCUUUAACAGAGGUCGCCAGCAACCCAGCCACUAUAACUCUUGUUCUCCCAAUAUUAUCUCCAUUGGCUGAAGCCAUUCAAGUGAACCCACUUUAUAUUUUGAUCCCCUCUACUCUGUGUACUUCAUUUGCAUUCCUCCUGCCAGUAGCAAAUCCACCCAAUGCUAUUGUUUAUUCAUACGGUCAUCUCAAGACCAUUGACAUGGUUAAAGCUGGACUUGGUGUGAACAUAGUGGGCGUUGCUGUGGUGAUGCUUGGCAUGUUCACUUGGAUCGUGCCCAUGUUUGACCUCCAAACUUAUCCUUCUUGGGCUCCUGCUGUGAGUAAUGAGACAAUGCCAUGA